GCAGGCAGUUGGAUGGUGAACAGAGGAGAGACGCGCCUGGACCGCCGCAGCGCCGCGACCCGUCCGAGCCCUGAGCUGAGACACACUGAGAGGGAGAGAGGAGAGCAGAGCCCGCCCGCGCCGCUGGAUAAAUAAGAAUGCGUGGCGCUCGGGCUGCGGGUGUGUGUGUGCGCGAGCGGCGGGAGAGCUCGGUGUGACGGCGCUGCUGGCCGUGUGUGGCUGUGGCUGCUGAGCUGGUCGGUCGUGUGAGCGCGAGCGAACAUGUUGAGUCGACUGAUGAGCGGCAGCGUGAGGAGCCUGGAGAGAGAGUUCAGCUGCACCGUCCGCCUGCUGGACGACACCGAGUACACCUGCACCAUCCAGAGGGAUGCCAAGGGUCAGUAUCUGUUCGAUCUCAUCUGCCACCAUCUAAACCUGCUGGAGAAGGAUUAUUUUGGCAUCAGAUAUGUGGACCCAGACAAGCAAAGGCACUGGUUGGAGUUCACCAAGUCAAUCUCCAAGCAGAUGAAAUCCCAGCCUCCAUUUACCAUGUGUCUGAGGGUCAAGUUUUACCCACCAGACCCUGCUGCUCUUAAAGAGGAAAUCACCAGGUAUCUUGUCUUCCUGCAGCUCAAGAGAGAUCUGUACCAUGGCCGGCUCCUCUGCAAGACAUCCGAUGCAGCCAUACUGGCAGCUUACAUCUUACAGGCUGAGAUUGGAGAUUACGACCCCGGGAAGCAUCCGGAAGGCUACAGCUCCAAAUUCCAGUUCUUCCCCAAGCACUCUGAGAAACUGGAGCGAAGGAUCGCAGAGAUCCACAAGACAGAGCUGAUAGGACAGACUCCAGAAACGUCUGAGCUAAAUUUCCUGCAGAAAGCACAGAUGCUGGAGACAUAUGGUGUAGAUCCUCAUCCAUGCAAGGAUGUGUCUGGAAACCCAGCCUUCUUGGCCUUCACUCCCUUCGGUUUUGUUGUGCUUCAAGGAAAUAAAAGAGUCCAUUUUCUAAAAUGGAAUGAAGUGACCAAGCUCAAGUUUGAGGGAAAGACAUUUCAUGUAUAUGCAAAUCAGAAGGAGGACAAAAAGAUCAUCUUGACGUAUUUUGCUCCAACGCCAGAAGCCUGCAAACACCUUUGGAAAUGUGGUGUGGAGAAUCAAGCCUUUUAUAAGCUAGAGAAGUCGAGCCAAGUGCGCACUGUGUCCAGCAGCAACUUGUUCUUCAAGGGUAGCCGCUUCCGAUACAGCGGGAGAGUGGCCAAAGAAGUGAUGGAACAGAGUGCUAAGAUCAAGCGGGAGCCACCUGAAAUACACAGAGCUGGCCUCGUGCCCAGCAGAAGCUGUCCAUCCAUCACACACGGGCCGCGACUGAGCAGUGUGCCGCGCACUCGCCGGAGAGCUGUCCACAUAUCCAUCAUGGAGGGUCUGGAAUCGCUGCGGGACAGUGCCCACUCCACACCCGUACGCUCUGUCUCCCACGGCGAGUCCUUCAUCCCGCGCUCUCGGAGUCACGCUGCAGAGGCCGGGGACGGCUCGGCCGUGAUCGCAGAUGAGUCCUACAACCCAUCGGAUAGCGUGCUGCCCACACCGGUGGCCGAGCACAGCCUGGAGCUGGCCGUCUCGCGCCAGAUCAACGGCGCCCCCUGCAGCAUCGAGGAGGAGAAGGAGUCGGAGGCCGGGACGCCCAUGGGGGGAGAGCUGGGCGAGCUGGGAGCAGACAGCAGAGCGGCAGGCUCGCUGCAGGUGGCUGCCCUCAGCGAGGCAGAACAGGUGAAUAAGUUUGUCUUAAGUGUCCUCCGUCUGCUCCUUGUGACCAUCGGACUCCUCUUUGUUUUGCUCCUCCUCCUCAUCGUCCUCACCGAGUCCGACCUUGACGUAGCCUUUUUACGUGAUAUCCGCCAGACCCCAGAGUUCGAGCAGUUCCAUUACGAAUACUUUUGUCCCCUCAGGCGGUGGUUCGCCUGCAAGCUUCGCUGGGUGGGCGGGCUGCUCAUUAACAAGUGAACACAGGGCCUAGCUCUUGUAAAAAGCCUGUCGCAAGGGGGGUUGAGAAGAUGACAAGUGCAACGGAGAGAGGCGGAGGGCAGCAAGCCAUCCCCAACCAUGAACACCUGGCUUCUCUCAUGAUUCUCCUCCUGCCGCCGCGCCCCGGGCCUCCAACAUCAGGAGCUCCCUUCUCCUCCUCUCUUUUCAGUCCUCCCCUUUUUUUGCAUUUUACUUUUUUUCUCUUCGUUCUUCUCAGUUUCGUCCUCCUUUUUUCUUUUUUUUUCCUUUUUUUAUUAAAGACAAUAUUUUUUUCAUGAUUUUCUUGUUUUUUGAGAUUUCAGACCAUUUCAGGUGUUUUAUUUUUAUUAAUAAAAUAUGAACAAAAAAUGCAAAGUUGACUCAAAGAACUGAAGAAGAUACUAUUCCUUAUAUAGGGAUGAAAUAUUUUGUUGCAACAAAAGAAAGUUGCCUUCAUUAUUAUUAUUAUUAUUAUUAUUAUUAUUAUUAUUUAUUUUGCGUUUGUGAUAAACAGUUGUCGAAGGUGGUGCAGGAAGUUUUUUUUUUAUGUGGAUGCAGGAAAGAAUAGAAAGGGAAUAUGUAUAAAGGUACAUACACUAUAUGUUCAAAUGUUUGUGGACACCCUUUCUCGUGAACGCAUGCACAGUUGAUGCAUGUGCUGAUGCACAGUUUUGUAGUCACUGUAGAGAAGUACUGCUAAUAGAACUGUGCACUCUAGACCAGCACUGAGUUGUGGAGCAGUGAUACAGUGGAACUGUGUUUUCUGGCAUGAUGGAGCUCUAUCUAGUACUUUUUGGUUGAGUUGCGGAGUUGUGGAUAAGGUGGGGUGGUGAUCAUUCAACACUCUGACUUCUCUGACUCUCGUUCUGUUGAAUGCGAACAAAUCCUCACAGCAAUGAUCCAAAAAAUCUAAAACUAAAAUCUUUCCUGGACAGUUUUCCAAGACAGUUACUCCAACAAAAGAAGAAUAAACUCUUUUUAGUACCCUUGAUUUGAGAGAGAAUAAAUAGAUGAACAACUGAGCUGGUGUCCCAAUACUUUUGUGCAUAUAGUGUACGUGUGAGAAUGGAGGACAAGCAAUGCUUUCUGGAGCGCACUGAUAGUUCAUGUUCAUCCGUCAUUUAAUCGUUAACCAUUUCUCGCAGGCUGCUAUAACUUACAGCAAAUAACGUAAGCAUUGGUUGAUCUGGUCAGUGGUAAGGUGUUGGUUAUAUGAUGUAAAAUUGUGUAAGUUGCUUGGGAGAGGAUUGAGAGGAUUAAAGUGGGACAUGGGUUCUGAAGGUUGACAUUAAAUAAUAAAGACUGUAAGUAUCUUGAAGUUUUGUAUUUUGGCAGAUUAUUUUGAAAUUGUUCUAUGUUUUUAGGAGUAUAAUAAUGUGUGAGCAGUAGCAAACUGUGAAGUAGAAAUCCAUUUCUAAGACAAUAAAGCGGUUUUCUAAAGGGUAAAGACGCCAACCGGUAAAUAUGUGUACUGUCAUGUGACCCAAUAGUAUCAGUACCUGUUAGAGACGUGUCCAUGAUUGACCUCUUGAAAACACCUAGCACCUAUAGAUCCAGUCUAGCUAGAUGUGCAAUACUGUAAAGUUAUACUACUUUGAGGGUGUUCACCUGCUUUUUGUUUUUGCUUUCCUUUCCUUUUUUGUUUUUCAUGUCCCGUUUUUUUUUUUUUCUUUUCACUAGGAGUAAAUAGAAAGAUGUCUUAUUGUAUAGACAGCAAGUUUGUUUCGAUUCCAUAUCAACCCUGCUCUUACAUUUGUACUUUGUGGAUAUCAUGCUAUUUGCUUAGAAUUACAAUAAUGAUGCUGUACUUUUUUGUACAAAAGUAGUUAGUUUCCUAAUAUAUAUAUAUUGACAGUUUUUUUCCAUGUAUAUUUUAACAGAACUGAAAUGUUAUUUUGUUAUUGAAGAUUAAAUUAUACCUUUUUUAGCUCUG